ACUAUUAUUGUGUUAGACACCGUCCGGGACGCCCGUGUCUUUGUUAAAUGGAUCAAAAACGGGAGAUACCCACUUGUGAGGUCUGCCAGCAACCGGCAAACCAAAUCUGUGGAGGAUGUAAACUUGUCUAUUACUGCUCAAGGGCACACCAAAAAUUAGGAUGGAGGGAAGGACACAAAUUCAAGUGCUGUGCCUUCAAAGUUCAAGUCUCGGAAAAAAUUGGAAGACAUAUGGUCGCGACAAGGGAUAUAAAAGCAGGUGAAAUGAUCCUAAAGGAAAAGCCAGCUGUAAUAGGACCUAGGAUGAGCUGUGCGCCUCACUGUCUAGGCUGUGGCAAAAAACUGGAACCUAUGAAGAUCGAAGAUAAAUAUGAUUACUUUAAGUGUUCUUUGUGCAACUGGCCAAUGUGUGGAGCGAAAUGUGAAAAAAGCGAUGCUCACAAACCUGAAUGUAAAGCUAUGUCAGACAGAAAAUACAAGUGCACCAUUAAGUACGAAAAGCGAGACAAAAAUGAAGCUGCAUAUUGUGUUAUUUCACCACUGCGUGUAUUGCUCAUGAGGUACACCAACCCCCUUCAGUUUGAAAAUAUAUUGAGUUUAGAAUCUCAUUUAGAAGACAGAAAAGAUACACCAUUGUAUCUUGUUUUGAAAGCAAAUUUGGUGACAUUUAUUAUACAAGUGCUUGGAAUGCAGGCUGAUGAGGAAACAAUUUUAAAAGUUGCUUCAAUAUUUGACACAAAUGCUUUCGAUGUGAGGUCUCCUGAUGGCAGCAAAAGGUCAAGAGCUAUUUAUGUGACAGCAUCUAUGAUGAAUCACAGUUGCAAAGCAAACACCCGACAUAUAUUUGUGGGUGAUGAUUAUAAUAUGGCUGUGAUAGCGACAGUGCCAAUUGCUAAAGGUGAACUGAUCACGACAACUUAUACCCAAUCUUUGUGGGGAACUUUAGAUAGACGAAGACAUCUCAAAACCAACAAAUGCUUCGACUGUGAAUGUGAAAGAUGUAUAGAUCCAACAGAAUUUGGAACAUAUUUGGGCAGUAUCUAUUGUUCAAUGUGUAAUGGUCCGUUUAGUUCAGAAACAUCUGAAAAACCCAUGUUAGUUUCAACGAAUCCUUUAGAUGAGACUGCUGCGUGGAAAUGUGAGAAAUGUAACCAUAUGAUCCAGGGGAGACAGAUGAUGUGGGGGAACAAUGCUUUGUCUCAGGACUUGAAAAAACUGAAUAAAAAUGGUCCCAAAGAAUUUGAGGAGUUUAUCGAAAGAUAUUGUCAAACGAUGCAUACGAAUAACCACUUGAUAGUCCAAGCUAAAUUGGCAUUGAUACAAAUCUAUGGAAAUUACAAAGGAUAUACGCUUUCAGAGUUGCCUGACCAUUUGCUGACAAGGAAGAUAGACCUGUGCCAUGAACUGCUGGAGUUAGCUGACAAACUGGACCCAGGUUUCACGAGGUUCCGAGGCACUCUGCUACUGGACCUGCAAGCUGCCACGACCAUGCAGACGAAGAGGGACUUCGAAACUGGCAAGAUUACUAAAGCUUUGGCACAAGACCAACUGAUGGAGAGCAUGACGUUGCUGCAAGAAGCUACCAACAUUCUCAGAGUAGAACCUCACAUGAGGGACGCUUUAGAAGCCAAGAUACAAGAACUUUCAAGCCAGCUAGAUUUUGGCGACGAAAUGCCAAAUGAAAAUGGUGUAUUCGAAUGAUGACAAGAUAUCACCCCUAAUAAUGUUUCAUCCGCUGGCUAGAUAUAGACAAAAAGCCUUAACUUGUAAUAAAAGAGAAAAUAAUUUAGCUUUUGACCAACUCGAGAGAUGAGAAAUACUAAAGAAUUUAGUUUUUGACCAACUCGAUACAAAAACUAAAGAAUUUAGCUUUUGACCAACUCGAGAGAUAAGUUUGCCAGCAAAUUAUGAUGACAAUACUGAAGAUCAUAUCCGUGGAUGCGAUGGAAUAUAUUCUGAGGACAUUUAAGUAAAACUUGAUCAAAUAUUGGGGCAUUAUACACAAAAAUAUGAUGCCUUUCACGAUGAUUGCUUUGUUCCAAAUGUAUAAUAAAAAAAUUGUAUCUUUA